GUUGAGCGCUACUGACUCAAAAUAUUUGCCAUUAUAUCAGCCCAACCCCGCGCAACCCAAUAUGCGAAUUCCCAAACCCAAACCUAAAGUCCUAGACUCCUCCGGAGUCCGCGCUCCCGCAAGCAUCAUCCAGCGCCACCAUUUCAAACCGGUAGAUGGAGAAGAAGAUGAUGAUUUCUGAGGCACCGAGGACCAGUCGACGCAUUAAAAAGCGCAAGCUCGCAAACGUUUGUGUUGAAACUUAUAAGGAAAGGAAAUCCAGGGAAGAACGGGUCAGUCCACUUGUUGAAAAGUAUUGGUUUCAAAGGUACCAUCUAUUCUCGAGAUACGACGAGGGUAUCAAAAUGGACGAGGAAGGAUGGUAUUCCGUUACACCCGAAGAGAUUGCGAUUCGACACGCUCAGAGGAGUGGAAAUGGAAUUGUGAUCGAUUGCUUUGCAGGCGUUGGUGGCAACGCUAUCCAGUUUGCUAGAAUGUGUUAUUCUGUUGUUGCUAUUGACAUCGAUCCUCAAAAAAUUGAAUUUGCCAUUAAUAAUGCAAAAAUAUACGGUGUGGAAGAUUAUAUCGAUUUCAUUGUUGGAGACUUCUUCGAACUUGCUCCAUCACUGAAGGGGGACAUGGUGUUUCUUGCACCACCAUGGGGAGGUCCAUCGUACAAAAGUAUUGAAAAAUUUACGCUUGAUUCUCUCGAGCCAAGAGAUGGGUUCACCAUAUUUCAGGUUGCACAGGCAAUAACACCUAACAUCAUUAUGUUCUUACCACGGAAUGUGGAUUUGCAGCAAGUGGAAGAGCUUUCUUGGCUGUCUUCUCCUCCCUUAGAAGUUGAGAUUGAAGAAAAUUAUGUGCAACACAAUGUAAAGGGUGUCACAGCCUACUUUAGUGGUGCAGCGUGCGGUUAACUUGGUUGGUCAUAAUUUUUCUUGCUGUAGCCUUGUAUAUUUCAGACUUAAAGCAUCCUCUGAUUUUGUCUUGUGUAUUUCUUUGUGUAAACAAAUGAAUUAUCAAUUAUCAAAGAAUUAGUAAACUUUUUCAUUA